AUGGACGCUCGUCAGGUGCUGGAGAGCACUCUCGCACCAGAUGCGGCCGAACGUACCAACGCUGAGCAACAGCUCGCCCACGCCGCUGAGGUCGACUUUGCUACCUACCUUCUUACCCUCGGCCACGAACUGGCAAACGAAGACAGCCCCCCUCACAUCCGUGUCGCUGCCGGUAUUGCAUUGAAAAACGCAUUCACUUUCCGAGACCAGGCCAAGUUGCAGGAGGUGCAGCAGCGAUGGAUCCAACAGAUCAACCCCGAAACCAAGUCACAGGUUAAAGAGCUUGCGCUCAAGUCCUUGCACUCACCUAAUACGCGAGCUGGAAAUGCCGCUGCUACAUUGAUUGUUUCGAUCGCCGCGAUCGAGUUGCCGCGAAAUGAGUGGCCCGACCUUAUGCCUACUCUUGUGCAGAACGUUGCAAGCGGAACUGACGCCCUGAAGCAGUCGUCUCUUGCUACUAUUGGUUACAUCUGUGAAUCUCAAGAUCCUGACCUUCGUGCCAGCUUGGCCGCCCACUCCAACUCUAUCUUGACUGCCGUUGUUCAAGGCGCUCGGCGCGAGGAGCCGAACAUGGAGGUUCGCUACGCCGCUAUUGCCGCUCUCAGUGACGCCGUCGAUUUCGUGCGCACCAACAUGGAGAAUGAGGGAGAGCGCAACUACAUUAUGCAGGUCAUCUGCGAGGCCACACAGGCUGAUGAGUUGCGUGUCCAGGCCGGUGCUUUUGGCUGUCUGAACCGUGUCAUGGGCGCUUACUACGACAAGAUGAGCUUCUACAUGGAGAAGGCUCUCUUUGGCUUGAGCAUCAUGGGUAUGAAGAGCGAGGAAGAGGAGGUCUCCAAGUUGGCCAUCGAGUUCUGGUGCACUGUCUGCGAGGAGGAGAUUGCCAUUGAGGAUGACAACGCUGAGGCUCAACAGGAUGGUACUGAGGCCCGCCCCUUCUUCGGCUUUGCUCGCAUUGCCACUCGUGAGGUUAUUCCCGUUUUGCUGCAGGCUAUGUGCCGCCAAGACGAGGAUGCUGGUGAUGAUGAGUACAAUGUGUCGCGUGCGGCCUACCAGGCCCUGCAGCUCUACUCUCAGUGUGUCACUGGUGAGGUGAUCACUCCAGUUGUCGCCUUCGUUGAGGAGAACAUCCGCAAUGAGGACUGGCACCGCCGGGAUGCUGCUGUUGCUGCAUUUGGUGCCAUUAUGGAUGGCCCCGAGCCCACAGUCCUGGAGCCUCUUAUCAAGCAGGCUCUACCCGUGCUUCUGGGAAUGAUGGAGGACACCUCUGUUUCGGUCCGGGAUUCCACUGCUUACGCUCUGGGUCGCGUUUGUGAAAACUGCCCAAUGGUUUUGGACCCCGAUGUUCAUCUGCAGCCUUUGAUGUCCUGCCUCUUCAACGGUCUUGCUAACAGCCCCAAAAUUGCCAGUUCUUGCUGCUGGGCUCUCAUGAACGUUGCCGAUCGCUUCGCUGGCGAUGAUGGCUCCCAGACCAACCCUCUGUCGAAGCACUUCGAGGACAGUGUCAAGUCUCUCUUGGCUGUGACUGAGCGACAGGAUGCCGAUAACACUCUUCGUACUGCUGGAUAUGAGGUUCUGAACUCUUUCGUCAUGAACUCUGCCAAUGACAGCCUCGCCAUGGUUGCUUCUCUCUCGGACGUCAUUAUCCAGCGUCUCCAGAAGACCAUUCCCAUGCAGCAGCAGGUCGUCAACACCGAGGAUCGUAUGCUCCUGGAGGAGAUGCAGACUAGCUUGAUCAGCGUUAUUCUCGCUAUUGUCCAGCGCUUUGAGGGUGACAUUAGACCCCAGGCUGACCGUAUCAUGCAAGUCUUGCUUGAGACCCUCUCAACUGUUGGUCCCAAGUCCAGCGUACCGGAUGCCGUCUUCGCAACUGUCGGUUCAGUUGCCAGUGCUCUGGAUGAGGAUUUCAUCAAGUACAUGGAGUCCUUCACACCCUUCCUGUACAACGCAUUGGGCAACCAAGAUGAGACGGGUCUUUGUUCCAUGGCCAUCGGUCUUGUCAGCGACAUUGCCCGUGCCUUGAACGAAAAAGUUCAGCCUUUCUGCGACACGUUCAUGAACCUCCUACUCAACGUGCUCCGAACUUCUACCAACCAGCUCAAGCCGGCUAUUUUGGAGUGCUUCGGUGAUAUCGCCCAAGCUAUUGGCACUCCCCACUUCGAUAACUACCUGUCCGUUGUUGGCGGAGUCCUCCAGCAGGCCUCAUCCGUGACCACAAGCUCUGAUCUUUCCUUGGAUAUGGUUGAUUACAUUGUGUCUCUGCGCGAGGGCAUUAUGGAUGCUUGGGGAGCUAUUCUCCUUUCUUACAAGGGCACCCCUCAGAUUACUCAACUCCAACCGUUUGUCGAGUCCAUUUUCCAGCUGCUUCACAUCAUCUCUCAAGAGGGUAACCGAAGCGAGGGUCUGAUGCGCUCCUCUAUGGGUGUUCUUGGUGACCUUGCUGACGCUUACCCCAACGGGGAGCUCAUCUCCUUCUUCCGUAAUGACUGGGUCACUUCCCUCAUUCGUGAGACUCGCGCCACCCGCCACUACAGCCCACGGACUAUCGAGACUGCUCGUUGGACUCGUGAGCAAGUCAAGCGCCAGGUCAACUUGGGUGGCAUGGCAUAA